UCGCGUUAGCUUGCGCCCUCGACUAGCAGUUAGCACUAGCCCGGCUCCCUGCAAGUAAACAACAGGGAUGCGUCCGUCCUCGCCGAUAACAAGGAUCUCGCGGUGGCACGGUGCUUUCCUCUGUCCGCUAUCGGUAUGGUUUCUGGGAAAUAAAAAAUGGCCAGUCCAACGAUAUUGAAAAUACAUCCGCUGUCGACUCAGUUGAAAGUGAUGCUAUUUUGACGCGUAAGCGCACUGUUUUAUUUUUUUAUUUUUUAUUAUGCGCUAGCCAGCUAGCAACUCGGCUAGCCGCUUUGCUGCAGUGAUGGUGUUUUUAAUUUUUUAAGUGAAGCCCGUGUAGUGGAACUUAUUCAGAAAUAUGUCAACCUCUAGUUGAAAAUACGCUGUAUUUCUCUUUUUUAGGUGACUGUACCGAAUGUGUCGAUUUUUACAAGAGUAAAUCUGAGUUUGUCUUUGUAUUUUAAAGCCAUCAUAAUCCGUUAUUUCAUUGGCGUAGCUAGAUAAUCUCUUCUGUCCCGUUAGCCGUGUUAGCUGCCGCUGCUGUCCUGGCAUGCGGAGGCACUGGUAGCUUAGUUACCAGGCAGACCGGAUAACGGCAGACGAUGCUGAGGGCCGUUCGUGGAGGACAAGCAACUGACUGUCCGAGCAGGUGUCCGUUCGCCCCCCACUGCGCGCUCCACCGGCCGCCCGCCGUGUUGUGACCCUCGCGCCGCGAUGUUGUGAUAGAGGACAGCUCGGGACCAGCGGGUGGAUGUUCGAGUUUUGGAGAUGCCGCAGCGGCCGCGAGGACCACCGAACCAAAUCAGCUGCGAGCACGCGGGGCGCGAGAUAAAGAGACGCUGCUGGUCUCGAGAUCCGAGAUAAAGACGGUCAGGCAGGCCUCGCGCGCUCCUGCUGCUCAGGGCUGCUGCAUUGUUGGCGCGUGGUGUUAUUUCUCUGGUGACAUCAUACAUAGAGUGAAGAACUAAGAGUUAAAAGUUAGGAGUGAAGAGUGAAGAGUGAAGAGUUAAAAGUUAAAAGUUAAGAGUUAAGAGUUAAGAGUUAAGAGUGAAGAGUGAUCUUUUCUGUCCCCGUCGCUGACGCCCAACUCUGUCCUGGUUGCCAUGGAGCCGUGUGCGCGUGGCGGUGGCGGCAGCACGCUGCAGCAGCUGCGUGAGAACACGACGCUCACGCUCACACACACUCACACCAGCCUGAAGUCCAAGAGUCUCCCGGCGCUGAACGAGAGCGGCAGCACACACACACACACACACACACACACCCCGCCUGCCGACCCGGCGAGCUCCGACCCGGCCGCUCCUCCAGCGCCCGCUCCAGAGACGUCCCCGUCAGACUGCAGCCUGGUGGGGCUGAGCGGGUCGCCCACACACACUCCGGCCGCCGCCGCCAGCACACACACGCACACGCACACACACACACACGCGCGGUCCCUCAGCAGUGUGUGGCGAGGGCUGGCGGCCCGCGGGCGGAGUGUGUGGCGCAGCUUGGCCUCGGACGCACGCUACUUCCUGGUGUGCGUGAGCUACCUGACGCUGGUGCAGUCGCUGCUGGUGUCGGGCUACCUGAGCAGCGUCGUCACGACGAUGGAGCGGCGCUUCCGCCUGCGCAGCGCGGAGUCCGGCCUGCUGGUCAGCUGCUUCGAUUGCGGCAGCCUGUUGGUCGUCGUCUUCAUCAGCUACUUCGGGGGGCGGGGCCACAGGCCUCGCUGGCUCGCCGCGGGGGCCGUCCUGAUCUCGCUCGGCGCCGCCCUCUUCACGCUACCUCACUUCCUGGCCCCGGCCUAUCAGCUGGAGGAGCCCGGCAACAGCUCCGCCCUGGGGGAGGGGCUAUGCGAGGCGGCCGCGUCCGAGCCCAACGGCAGCAGCAGCAGCGGAGGAGGAGGAGGAGGGGGGGUGGUGGGCGGAGUUAGAGGCGGAGCCCAGGUGUGUAGGCGGGACUGGGAGGGGCGCGAGCACAAGCUCUACGUCACGCUAUUCGUGGUUGCCCAGCUACUGGUGGGGAUGGGGUCCACCCCCAUCUACACACUCGGCCCCACUUACCUGGACGACAACGUCAAGAAGGAGAACGCCUCCCUCUACCUGGCGAUCAUGUAUGUGAUGGGGGCUCUGGGUCCGGCUGCUGGCUAUCUGCUGGGAGGAGUCAUGAUCGGCUACUACGUCCACCCCUACACACACGUGUCCAUCGACCAGAGCGACCCGCGCUUCAUAGGCAACUGGUGGAGUGGGUUCCUGAUGUGUUCGGUUGCCAUGGCGCUGGUGAUUGUGCCCAUGCUGGCGUUCCCUCAGAAGCUGCCCCCCCGACACAAGCGCCGCCGCAAGAAGCAGGCCCUGCCGCCGCCGUCGCACCAUGAUGAUGUCAUCAAGGAGAAGACGCAGGGCCAGCAGACCUCCAUGGGCUUCGGCAAGGACAUAAAAGAGCUCCCGCGGGCAGCGUUCCGUAUCCUGAGCAACGUGACGUUCCUGUUCAUGAGUCUGUCGUACACGGCUGAGUGCGCCAUAGUAACGGCCUUCAUCACCUUCAUCCCCAAGUUCAUCGAGUCGCAGUUCAGCAUCCCUGCAUCCAGCGCUAGCAUCUAUACAGGCGUGAUCAUCGUGCCCAGUGCUGGCGUGGGCAUCGUGCUGGGCGGCUACAUCAUUAAGCGUCUGAAGCUGGGCGAGCGAGAGAGCGCCCAACUAGCGCUCGUCUGCAGCGGCGUCUCGCUGCUCUGCUUCUCCACCCUCUUCAUCACCGGCUGUGACUCCAUCAACCUGGGGGGCAUCAACAUCCCCUACACACAGGGCCCCUCCCUCUCUCUGUCCCAGCGGAACCUGACGGCGGGCUGCAACGUGGCGUGCGGGUGUGUGAGCUACGACUACGCGCCCGUGUGCGGCUCCGACGGGAUCACCUACUUCAACCCCUGCCUAGCGGGAUGCAGCAGCGUCAACAACGACAGCUCAGGGGUGAGGAACUACUCCGACUGCGCGUGCGUGCAGAGUCGGCAGGUGAGCACGGCGCGGGGCGGUGUCCGUGGUAACGGGCUGUCGGUGGUGAUCGUGGAGACGUACCUGCGGGGGAAGGGCUGGGCGCGGGAGGGGCGGUGCCAACGCACCUGCGGAACUCUGCUGCCCUUCCUCUCCUUCCUCUUCAUCGUCACCUUCAUCACCGCCUGCGCCCAGCCUGCUGCCAUCAUCGUCACGCUCAGGUCUGUGGAUGAGCAGGAGCGGCCCUUUGCACUGGGGAUGCAGUUUGUUCUUCUGCGCACACUUGCCUACAUCCCGACCCCUAUCUAUUUCGGGGCAGUGAUUGACACGGCGUGCAUGCUGUGGCAGCAGCAGUGCGCUGCGCUGGGCUCGUGCUGGGAGUACGACGUCACUUCCCUUCGCUUCGUGUACUUCGGCCUGGCGGCCAGCCUGAAGCUCGUGGCCUUCCUCUUCAUCCUGCUGACCUGGUGGUCCAUCAAGCGCCGCGAGGAGAGGAUGGGCCGCUGCCACGGCAACCUGGACGCGCUGGACACGGUGAGCGAGCUGCUGGUGGUCAAUCAUCACCGCGGCAACGGAGGCGGCGGUGGGGUCAAAGGGCACAGCCGCACGCGCUCCUGCCCGCCCUUCCUGCUGCGCAUGGACCACCACCCGGUCGCCGUGGCAACGGGGCAGGUCAUCUGCGCGCGCGGAGGCGGCUCUGGUUGCCCCGGAAACGGACCGAAGGCCACGGCCCCGUCCAGCCGGCCGGGAGAGAAGGCCUGAUGCUCGCGCACACACACACACACACACACACACACACACACACACACACACACACACACACACACACACACACACACACACACACACACACACACACACACACACGUUCUCUGGUGGUGAGUGGUUUGUGUUCAUUGAUGGCCCAACACCACUACUAUGCAACCUGUUCUGUUUACCUGUUUACUCCGCCUGUUCUGUUCACCUGUUUACUCCGCCUGUUUUGUUUACCUGUUUACGCCGCCUGUUCUGUUUACCUGUUUACUCCCUCUGUUCUGUUUACCUGUUUACUCCGCCUGUUCUGUUUACCAGAUUACAGCGCCUGUUUUGUUUACCUGUUUACUCCGCCUGUUCUGUUUACUCCGCCUGUUCUGUUUACUGCGGCUGUUCUGUUUACCUGUUUACUCCGCCUGUUCUGUUUACCAGAUUACUGCGCCUGUUUUGUUUACCUGUUUACUCAGCCUGUUUACUACACCUGUUUUGUUUACCUGUUCUGUUUACUCAGCCUGUUUACUACACCUGUUUUGUUUACCUGUUCUGUUUACUCAGCCUGUUUACUCCACCUGUUUUGUUUACCUGUUCUGUUUACUCCGCCUGUUUUGUUUACUCGGCCUGUUCUGUCCUCACACUCUCAGCACGAGACGAGUCCGCCUGUUGAAUUCUGGCAGAUUCAUGUAUUAUUCUGCCCUUUGGCCCAGGGAUACACAUACUCACAUGCAUACACACACACACACACACACAUAUACAUACUCACUCACAGCCGUAGUGCUGUAACUUGCCAUCGUUGUCACUGGUACACACACACACAUGCACGCACACACACACGCACGCACACACACACACACACACACAUACUCACUCACUCACAGCCGUAGUGCUGUAACUUGCCAUCGUUGUCACCGGACAGAUCACUGCCAUCCGAGUCACUCUUCUGGAGAUCUGAUGGAGGUUGUUGCCAUGGUGAUGACCUUUGAAACGAACCACUGACCCCAUGCCAACUACUGAACUAAUAGUGUGUGUGUGUGUGUGUGUGUGUGUGUGUGUGUGUGGUGUGUGUGUGUGUGUGUGUGUGUGUGUGUGUGUGUGUGUGUGUGUGUGUGUGUGUGUGUGUGUGUGUGUGUGUGUGUAUGGACUACUCCAUGGGUGCACUUACAUGAAGUAUUUAUGGAUGAAUUGCUCCUUCCUCUGACAGUAGAAUACGUUGAAAUUGUCCUAUCAUUCCGAAGGAGGUAUUUCUGCUCAUUCUCUAGCCUGGUCUGAUUGGUUAGCGAGUAGCUGAGGUAAUCAGGCUAACUUAGCCUGGUCUGAUUGGUUAGCGAGUAGCUGAGUUAGCUUUGAACAUCAGGCUGAGUUAGACUGGUUAGCAAACGACUGAAAUAAGAUGGUCCAUUGUUGUGCCUGAAUGAAAAAACAUGGUGAACUUGGCUAUUUAGCAAGACGCUCAGUUAGCCCUGAUAGCUACAUAGCAAGGCGCUCAGUUAGCCUGGAUAGCUACUUAGCAAGGCGCUCAGUUGGGCUGGAUAGCUACUUAGCAAGACGCUCAGUUAGCCUGGAUAGCUACUUAGCAAGACGCUCAGUUAGCCUGGAUAGCUAUUUAGCAAGACACUCAGUUAGCCUGGAUAGCUAUUUAGCAAGACGCUGAGUUGGGCUGGAUAGCUACUUAGCAAGACGCUCAGUUGGGCUGGAUAGCUACUUAGCAAGACGCUCAGUUGGGCUGGAUAGCUACUUAGCAAGACGCUCAGUUAGCCUGGAUAGCUACUUAGCAAGACGCUCAGUUAGCCUGGAUAGCUAUUUAGCAAGACACUCAGUUAGCCUGGAUAGCUAUUUAGCAAGACGCUGAGUUGGGCUGGAUAGCUACUUAGCAAGACGCUCAGUUGGGCUGGAUAGCUACUUAGCAAGACGCUCAGUUGGGCUGGAUAGCUAAGUUAGAGCGUGCCAGAGUUAGCUAGUUAGGUAGGAGCUACCCUGGAGAAUGGAGGGAAGUGACCUGAUUUCGCUGUAACCCUGCCCUCCCAUCCUGAGUGAAAGUCACUCCUCCUCACUCCUCCUCACUCCUCCUCCUCCCCACUCCUCCCCACUCCUCCUCACUCCUCCUCACUCCUCCCCACUCCUCCCCACUCCUCCUCCUGCUCCCCACUCCUCCCCACUCCUCCUCCUCCUCCCCACUCCUCACUCCUCCUCACUCCUCCUCACUCCUCCCCACUCCUCCCCACUCCUCCUCCUGCUCCCCACUCCUGCUGCUCCCCACUCCUCCUCCUCCUCCUCCUCACUCCUCCCCACUCCUCACUCCUCCUCACUCCUGCUCCCCACUCCUCCUCCUCCUCCCCACUCCUCCUCCUCCUCUCCUCCUCCCCACUCCUCCUCCUCCUCCCCACUCCUCCUCCUCCUCCCCACUCCUCCUCAC